AUGCACUCAAUUAAAAUAAAUGAACUAAUCACUCUGAUAAUGUCGUUCUAUUAUCGGAUUGGUGUCUGGCAUCGCGGGGAUAUACCUACAGCAAAAGAAAAAAGGAUUAAGUUAUUUUAUAGCGUGUUUUACCUACUUUUUCUCCUAUCAUUGAUGGUUGGAGCAAUUACAAAUGAAAAAGUCGAGAAGAAAAUAUUUUUAGUGGAAGUAUCAAUUGAAGUUGCUGCUUUGUUUGUUAAACUUUCGUUUUUUAUUUGGAAACAAAACAAAAUUUGCGAUUUAGCGUAUCGUGUCUGUGUUUUCUCUGUUCAGGAUUAUGAUGACUACGCUACACUCGACAACAAAUUAAAAAAAUUUACGAAAUGUGCAGCAAUUUUUGUAAUUGCUACAACCUUUGGCGCUUUUUUGUCAACUGUACUCAUACCCUUUAUGGGCACCGAAAAAACAUUAUUUCUAGAAAUUGGAUUUUUUUUGGAUUGGAAAAACAGUGACAUUGUAUUUUGGAUUGCAGCUUUCUUUCUUUUUGUCCAAACACUUGCGUCGGUGAUGAUUUCUUCUUUCUCCGUAAUAAUAUGGUAUCUACUGUUUGUAUGUUCAUUGCGGUAUGAAGUACUAGGAAGUGAGUUGAAGAAGCUGGGACAGAAUAGUGGAAUAAGUGCUAAAAAGUUGGAGAAAAAUCACGUCAAUUUUCUAGACGACUUAAAGACGUCAAUUGAUACUCACUUAUACUUAAUGGCAUUGACAAACGAAUUGGGGUCCUUUUUUUCAGGCCUAUUUUUCAUUCGACUUGGCACCAGUGGCCUGUGCAUUUGUGGAUCUAUUUAUUGCCUUGCAUUAGAUGUUGGCGAUAAUACAUUUGAGCGUGUCAUGUAUCUUGUUAUAAUUUUUUACUUCAUUUCCGAAAUAUUUAUGAUUACGUACUUCGGGAACGAGAUUAUGCUAUCAUACGAUCAGCUGUCCUACUGCUUAUUCGAAUCGGACUGGUUUGAACAGCCAGAAUCGACCAAAAAAUGUAUGAUCAUUUUCGGCGAAUAUUUGAAAAAACCUCUGACGCUGAUGAUUGGAAAACUCUACCCAUUAACUUUGGAGACAUUCACUAAGAUUUUGAACUCAGCUUACAGCAUGUUCAACAUUUUGCAAAACAUUCAGCAAUAA